ACGGCCUUGCGGCGUACCAUUUAACUUUAGAGCAGACAGAGCAGACGUAUAGAUCAUGGCCGGAAGAAGAUGUAGGCCCUUGGAAAGCAGGCAACAAGUUUUGCAAAAGAGAACAAAGUUCAUGUAAUGGACCUAAAGUGAAGCAGACAUAGAGGCGUGCUAAGAAAAGUUUACCUCCGUUGAAAUCCUGGAUGUCGGAGCCAGCUGUCUAUUCUGUGUGCUCCCCUGCAGAGCUGAGUGUGCGCUGUGACGGGGAUGGCAUGGAGUCCCUGCCACCAGACAUUCCAGUCCCCGUGAGGAGGCGUGAGCCAAAAUUUGUGCCCUACGAGCCGUACAAGGCUGCGGUCACUCCCAUGGUGCCUCCCAGAACCCAGCUGGCUGCGCUCGAGAUCCCGUUCCCCUUGCACCAUCCACUGGGUGGGGAGCCACCCCUACUGGCAGUGGUCCGUGAGGUGCCCGAGGGCACACCACCGGCACCUUCCGAGGCCCCCCUUGAGCAGCGGCUGCGCGAGACACACCAGUGCAAUCAGGACCUGCAGGAGCAGCUGCGUGUCCAGGUCGAGGUGAACCGUGAGCUGAAAAAGCUUCUUGUGGCUUCUGUGGGCGAAGAUCUGGAAGCACGCGUGCACUUCCUCAGCGAGGACAAGGCACAGCUGGCCGCAGAUGUGCGAGCUUAUGCACAACGGUUGAGCCAGGGCCGGGAGGAGAUUGAUCGGCUGGCCAUCCAUGCGGACGUUUGGCGCUCAAAGUUCCUGGCUGCGAGCCUGCUGGUGGAUGAGCUGGCCAGCUGCAAGGCCCGGCUCAUGCGCCAGUGCGAUGACUUCCAGGAGGCAUUGCAGUGGAUGGCCAGCGAGCACCAGCAGCUGGAGGCGAACCUGACAGCCACUUGUCGCCUGUUGGCCAAGCUGCAGGGAGAGGCACCCAAGGAGCCAGCACCCUGUGAUGUGCUGCAGCUGAGCGCGCAAGCACAGCGGGUGGCACGCAGCCUGUGUCACCAGGCGGCACCACGUGGCGGCAGUGCGAACCUGCGGCUGGGUCCAUCGCCUGUGGUGUGUGCGACACCAGCCGAAACCUUCGCCCGCCGCACCGACCGUGCCUACGAGGCAAGCAGCCCUCCUUGUCAUCUGCAUUCGCAUGGCAUUUGCAGAGUCCCUGAAGUGCUCGUUCACCUCGAGCGCUCACUCUGCCCUGGAAUCCAGUAUCACCUCCAGUAACGAGUGCGUGGUCAAUGGCUUGCAAAGCAGCACCAUUGCAUGCUGCCGUCACUGCUCAGGCCAUCUGGAGACCGUCUGACUCCUGAGCAUCAAGGGGGUUGACUAACCACCAGCAAGAUCUGCACAGAAUUGCCUCUGAAGUGCUCACAACAUUGUGUGUGUCAGGCUCUCUGUAUGAUUGUGGCAUGUGUGCAGUAGUGUGACCAGUGAAGGAAUGAUUGAGGGACAAGUAGUUGUCACAUGCUGCCUUGAAAGAUGUACAUCUCUUGGUAUUGACCUGUUUUUUUUUGUAUGCACUCAGUACAAAUCUUGAAAACAUUGUGCCAACUGUGAUGCUCCCAGAAAUUGCGUCACCUUUAAACUCAAAUUUCAGGAAUGUAAAGGGUUGUAGUUUUAUAAGAAGCUUGGCCAGCUGCUCCCCUUUUGGCGAGCAGCAGCCCCGCACUGCCAUUGCAGCUCACGGGGCACUGGCUCCUCAUGCACAGGCAGCUCAGCCGAAGGCUUCUCUUGCUGAAGAACUUGAUGCAUUUGGACCUUGCAGCCAAGCCUUGAGCAGCACACUCACAUUUUGAUGAUUGUUAUAUGUUCUGUGCUCAACUUGGCAUUGCUGCAGAAAAGCAGGUUCGAAAAGGUAGCAGCUUCUGUUGGGAUUGAGUACAGUAAAACCUUGUUAAUUCGAGCCUCACUAAUUUGGGAAAUCGAGUAAUACAGACGCGUUCUUUCGUCCCGGUAGACAUAUGCAUUAUUUAAUGGCACCAAACUCUCACCAACUUAGACGUAUUUGGCUGCACACCGGUUUCCAUAAUUUUACAUUUAUAAGCUGCACUAAAAAUUUCAAAAAUUUAAUUAUUAAAAGCCGGCAUGUUGGCUAUAUGCAUCCCGGCCACGGCGGCCGCAUUUCGAUGGGGGCGAAAUGCGAAAACACCCGUGUACUUAGAUUUAGGUGCACGUUAAAGAACCCCAGGUGGUCCAAAUUUCCGGAGUCCCCCACUACGGCGUGCCUCAUAAUCAGAACUGGUUUUGGCAUGUAAAACCCCAUAAUUUUUGGCUAUAUGCGAAUUUUGCGUUGAGAUGUGGCUUCACGGCACUGUGGCGCAUGAUGCCAUGAAGCCACACCUCAAGGCAAGGUUCUCCAACAUUCUUACCUCCUAGGGAACCCCACCCCUCCUUGUUGAAGCUCCCUUCACCUCACCUUCAUGGUUGCCCACUGUCCUCCGAUUCACAGGUCACAAUUUUGUGUUUAGUAGUUUGCAAAGUGCAUGCAGGGAUAGUGAUUGUGCAUGCAGUGCCGAUGAACUCGAAUCACGUGGAACUGCGACCAACGGCCGUCCUUUACAACACAAGCAGAAGCUGCGUUGUGUGCACAAUGCCAUUCUUUUCUUUUUAUUCGGGGGAUUUGCUGCAAGGCAUAAACAAUAAAAGACUUAAAAGUACAAUGUCACAAACAUGGCGGAAGCUGUCCAGGAUGAAGAGCGAUUCUACCACGGCUUGCCGGCUACAUUGCGAUAGACAGAUGAUUUGUUGGCGAAAAAGUAAUCAAUCGGCUGUGCAUGCGGUAGUGUAAAGCAUGUCUCGGAUGAAGACGCUGGUCUUGUGCUGCAGCCGCACUGCGAAGGAAGUCGCAAGGCCUUCACCCCUGCAAGCGUUGUUCAGUGAUGAGAUGAAAAAAAUUUCAGCUUCCGCACUGCUUCUGUGCAAAGUAGAAACAGGAUUUGCCGAAUAAUUCAGUAAAUAAAGGUGUGUUGAUGCUGUAA